UGAGACGUAAUGAGAUCACGAUGAAUUAUGACCAUGCUUAAUAAGCAGAGACGCCACCAGGAAUAGUGACCCAGACGUGAUCCCUUCGACGAUGUACGUGUCACUGAGCCGACGAAAAGGCUGGAGGAGAAAACGCAUCAGGGCUAUCAACACACCUAUAAUGAAUCCCGUAGCACGAAACUGCAAGAAGGAAGUUUCAUGAGUUAUCCUACUCUCGUUCUCUGGAAACUGGGUCGCCGCUAAAAGACAGCGGGUUCAGCGCACGCAGGAGAGCGGGCAGUGAGCUGCCUACCAAGCCUGCCAUAAGGGAUUUCGCAUUGAUGACUUUGAAGCCUGGAAAGAACGAAACAUCUGUGCAUCGAUCCACCUAGCAAACACAGCAUGAUGGGCACCAUCUGAGACAUGGCCGUGUAGGCUGACAUGUACAAUUCAUGAAGCUACUUUCAUGGGCAACGAGCUCGCACACCGAGCUCUAACAACCCCAUUUAGAUAAACUUGUCUUGAGAAAGUUGAAAGAUUAUCUAGAAUGUGGCGCGGAAGACUACUAGGUUCGAAGUGACACCAGGGUCGAAGGAUGUCCAAAGUCCUGUAGCGCCCGAUCCCUAAGCUUCCGGGUCUGCAAGAAGCGGUGAAGCCAUGAGAGGUAGCUUCCCCUAAACAAGUCCCUGGGGAAGCUUUAUUUGAGUAACAUCACCCUCGUCCGAAGAGCUUACAUACGUGACUGAGUCAUCUGGAAGCGCGAACGAAUCCCGCCUGAGUCUACUGCUCCGCCCUUCGAAUCCUCGUGCAGGAUAUCUUCUAUGGGUCUCCAUGCAGAUGUCAAGGUAUGACCAGAAGAGCGCACUUGGAAAUUUGGUUGGCUGUGUCAUGAUACCAGCGAUUGAGGCAGUGUGAUGGGAUAGAGUUUUUUUAUUCCGAUUUCAUAUUGGCAGGAUGGCAAAAGACAUUGCUCUGAAACGUGGCAGAUCAUUCUCGGAUCUUCUUCUCAAACACGGCGAGCAAUUAUGAAGGAGAUGGGUCUCGAAUUUGAAAUCCUGACAGCCGACAUCGAUGAGAGUUCAAUUCGAAGAGAGAAGCCUGAAGACCUGGUCAUGGCUUUAGCUGAAGCCAAGGCUCAGGCGAUUCUCGCAAGAUUGGCAACAAAGGAGAGUGAUGCUGAUUCGGCUCAACAGACUCUGCUCAUAACAGCUGAUCAGGUGGUCGUACAUGAAGGUAACAUUCUGGAGAAGCCACGCACUUCUGAGGAGGCUCGACGAUUCAUUGAAGGGUACUCGCGAUCACCAGCCAGAACAGUAGGAGCUGUACUCGUCACCAACUUAUCAACUGGGGUUUCCAAGGGCGGUGUUGAUACUGCUGAGAUUUACUUCCACAGUAUACCAGAGCAUGUGAUAACUACUUUGAUUGAAGAAGGCUCAGUUUUCUGGGCAGCAGGCGGUCUACUUGUGGAGCAUCCUCUAGUUUCUCCUCUUGUUAAUGCAAUGGUAGGUACCAUAGACAGCGUAAUGGGUCUGCCGAAAGAACUAACACUUAGUCUCAUUGAUGAGGCUGUGGAGAGGACGAAAUAGUCAUCAAACAUAGAUUGAUAAAAUCUACAACAUGUUCCAUGAACAACCCAUUUCUCCUUUCAUUCUUAGAGUGAAUCGAAACGCUCUGUCUGGAAUGCAGUGAACUUUCCUGUUACGACAAAGAAAACGACAAUCACGGAGGUCUGGUAAUAUUAAUUUAUAUGGGCACUGUUCAUUAAUUUUGGAAUCGACUUACUGACGAUGUCAACUUCAAAGGUGUCCAAACAUCUCGAAGACCCAACAUUUGAACAUUUGAACAAACGUUCUCUGCAUAUUCGGCUUUUUGCAGGGUAGGCCGGGUGGCAUGUAUCUCAUAUUUUGUUAGAGCAUGUUCGUGCUAAGAUCUUUUCCCUCAAAUCUUGUCAAGGUUUGAAGGUAGUGGACUCUUCAGCUGUAGUGUACCACAGUGAAGUUCAGGAUGUUCCGUAAAUCAUGAGUUGGCUGAUGAAGCGCCAGGUCUGAGUGAUGUCACUUUCAAAGGUGGUAGUCUAGGUGAUUCGAUCGAAACAGUAAAGAUAGAGAGUGUAUCUCAUUGCUGUUCUAUGACUUACCCCCUUGUAUCUUGUUCAUGAAUGCCCAGCUAUCACUCAUCACAUGCGUGCCUGAUCUUU